AUGGCAUCAACAUCAAGAAAGAAGAUCAAUCUCAAGAGUUGUGACGGUGAGAUUUUGGAAAUCGACGAAGAAGUGGCAUUGGAAUCACAAACCAUGAAGCAGAUGAUCGAGAAUGAUUGUACUGAUGACACCGGAAACCCUCUUCCAAUUCCAAAUGUAACAAGCAAGAUUUUGGAAAAGGUGAUUGAGUACUGCAAGAAGCAUGUCGAUACUGCGAAUUCUGAUGAAAGGGUCAGGACUUGGGAUGCAGAAUUUGUCAAGGUUGAUCAAGAUACACUCUUUGAUCUCAUUUUGGCUGCAAACUACUUGAAGAUCCAGGGUCUCUUAGAUCUUACAUGUAAGGCUAUGUCGGACAUGAUAAAGGGUAAGAACCUGGAGGAGAUUCGCAAGAUUUUUCGUAUUAAGAAUAACUUCACUAAGGAGGAAGAGGACGAAAUUCGUCGUGAAAAUCAAUGGGCUUUUGAAUGA